AUGGGCACGGCCUGCUCUAACUUUGUCCAAGACAAGGUGGAGGAUGCGGAACCCUGCUCGGUCAAGAGUGCAGGCGUAGGCAUGGAGUCGGAGCCGCUUUGGAAGCAAAUGGCCGAAGCCCAGAACGAAAUGCGCAAGGCUGCAGAGGCGGCCCGCCCAGAAGUGGACAAGUUGCUUGCUGAGCGUGCAGCGGCGCGCAAAGCUGCAGCGAAGCAAGCAGAAGCUGAGCGGCAGGCCAAGGACGCCAGACUCAGAGAAUUGGAAAAGCAACAAAGGGAAGAAGAGGAGAAGGCAAUUAGCAAAAAAGAGGAGGCCAAGAAAGCACAGACGGCGAGCGGCAAAGCGAAACCCAAAGCCAAAGCCCAAGGCGAUGCGAAAUCGGCGGCAGCUCCUGCGCCAGGUCCGAGCGCAAAGCUGACCAAGGAUCAGGCCAAAGACGCGCUCAACCGAGCACUUGCCAUCUUUGAGACGCCAGAGAACAAGCGCAAGCUGCAAGAGGCCGUCAACAGUUGCCGUGGUGAUGAUGCCAAGAAAAUGGCCGUCUUGAUGCCUUUGGUGCAGGGCAUGCUGAAGGAUCUCCUCGAAUCCCACGGCUUUUCAGCAGACAAGAUCCUGCAUGCCGUCAUGCAGAUCGCAACCCAUGCACAAGGAGACAAGAAGAUGUCUAAGCAGCUUGCCAAACUACAAGCUGCACUGGAGGGCAACAUCUAG